AUGAGCCGUUCGCUGAGAGCGGAGGAGAAUGGAGGACUGCUGACUGACUGCAGGGAGCUGUCACCGACACCGAGCGCCUCCUCCUCUGCCUCAGCCGACAGACACGCUACCCUGCCCUCGCUCCAGACCCGGAGACCUGGCGGAGGAGGGUCUGAGCCGAGGCAAAACGCCUGUAAGCGCAGCCUAGGCGGCUGGGAGCCGGAGCUGGAGCCGGGGGCAGCGGCGCCGGCGGCUGUGGCGUUGCGCCGCAGCGGUGAGGCGUGUUCCGGAGCCGGUGCGCAGCGGCAGCAGCGUCGGGAGGCUCAAGGACGCAGCGGAGAAGGCUCGGGGAUGAUCUCGGCUCUCGGCCGAGACACGGACGGCGGAGGCGGCCCGGAGGCGGCCGCGGCUGCCGCCGCGUGCGCCAAACCCAAGGAGGAGCGGAAAGGGAAGAACGUGAUCCGGGGCUGGAAGAGGGACAGAGACGCACCGCCUGGCCGGGCGAGGAAGGAGAAGCCCGGCGAUGGUUCUCCUCCUCCUCCUCCUCCUCCCCCUCAUCAUCAUCAUCCUCCUCCUCCCUCCGUCUUCCUCCCCUCCUCCUCCUCCUCCUCCUCCCUGCCUGAGCAUCAUCCAAGCGCACUGGAUUGUGGAGUUAAGAGCAGCGGCGGAGGCGCUAUUGUUGUCAGGCGGCAGCAUGACGACACGCCGGCCGCCAAGAAGCACCGCGGAGACAAGAUGGACCCCAUGUUCACGGUCCCCGCCCUGCCGGUGCCGGGCUACCCCGGGGCCCCCGGUUCCUCCCUGCCCACGGCCCCUUCUUUCUCCCCGCCGGCCCUGCCCACCUCCAACCCCAAGCAGCUGGCAGUCAGGACGAGGUCCAUCGGCACCAACACCCAGGACGGCUUGACGCCGGGGCCACUGGAGGGCGACUCGGCCUGCCUGGGGCCCUGCCAGCCCGGGACCAGCGUCAACCUGGAGGGAAUCGUUUGGCACGAGACGGAGGAAGGAGUGCUGGUGGUGAACGUGACGUGGAGGAAGAGGACGUACGUGGGAACUCUGUUGGACUGCACCAAGCACGACUGGGCCCCUCCAAGGUUUUGUGAAUCACCCUCCAGUGACCCUGAGCUGCCCGGCGGUCGUGGCCGAGGAAAGCGAAUGCGAAUGGCCAUGGCUGAGCGACCGUGCGUGGAGCCCGCCGCUGCCUCCAAGGUCAGGGGUUUGUCGCAGCACAGGAGCCGAGGGGGAGGCGUGGCCGGUACGGCGGCAGCCAUUCACACCAAGGGAAGGAGAGGUAGCCUCAAUCUCAUCAACAGCAACUGCAGAGCACCUCCUUCUUUUUUCACUGUGGAGGAGGUGAAACCCGCCAACUCUCUCUCCUCUGGGAAACGAAAGAACAAACCUCCAGCUGACCUGGACCUCAGCAUGGUCUCCUCAGACGAAAUAAAGAACGGAAAUGGGAAGAGGAUUCGAGCAAAGUCCCGAAGUGCCCCAUCAACGCCACAGGGUAAAUCUGACCCUUCGUUCAUGGAUCCGGGUGGGGGCUGUACCUCCUCACCUCCUCCCCCACCCAUCCUCAUUGACUGCCCCCACCCAAACUGCACUAAACGCUACAAGCACAUCAACGGCCUGCGCUACCAUCAGACACAUGCACAUCUGGAUGCUGAGGAACAAAGGAAGCCUGAGAUCGAACCCUUGAAGGACGGCGAGAGUGAGGAUCGACUGUCAGACUGUGAGGACACCAUAAAUAAUUUGACGUACGACCUCUCAGAGACAAACAGCAGCACUAACUCCAACAGCUUAUGUAAGAAACCUGCUCCUCUGUACAAAGUAACAACAGUGGGGAACAGAAGACUCCUCCUCAGUACUGACCACAGUCCUACAGCCAACUCCAAAACCAGAAGAACCUCAUUGCUUAAAGAUGGUCUGAUCGAUGACCUGAGCAACCUGCCAAUCAUUUCUAACAUGACGGUGGUUCUGGAGAACUGCAUGGUCCCAGACAGGAACUCCUCGGUUGAAAUGCCCAAACUGGAAGCCGAAGGUUUGAUCGAGAAAAAAGGGAGUACAUGUGAUAAGGGCAGGAAAGCGAAUGGGAAGGUAGAGAAGUUGUCCAAGUUACGAACCAACAGACCAAUUGCUCCAGCCCCUGCUCCACCUAAGCUGAUUGCCAUACCCAAUACAACAUAUCCUAGCAGUACGACAGAUUCAGUCAGCUCACAGCAGCUGUCUCCGAUGGCAGCUGUUGGCCUCACCAGUAAAAAUCUUCCCCUGAAACCCAUCAAACCAAAGCUCAGCAUUGUUGUGGAGCCAAGCCUGGUGAAAGCCACUGUGGUUGCCUGUGGCAAAGACACCAGGAAAAAAGAAAAGCGGAGACUGAAAGACAAACACAAUAAAGAAGCACCAAUGAGGACAUCUAACGGUGACAGUAGUGGAAUAAAAAUGGAAGAUGGUAACAGUGGAUCUAAGAUGGGCAUCAAGGAAAUUCCUGGAAGCCUUCUCAAAGAGCACCUCAGCAAGCAGGAUGUAAUGAACGGACUCACGGAAACACAGGAAAGCAGGAUGGCAAGUAUCCGUGCAGAGGCUGAUAAGGUCUACACCUUCACCGACAACGCCCCCAGUCCCUCCAUCGGUAGUUCAUCCAGGCUGGACGCAGGAGGAGCCUGUUUGACGUCAGCUGACAGCAGCAGCAAGAACAACAGCCCGGCUUACUCCGACAUCUCAGAUGCUGGAGAUGAUGGCGGAUCCUCAGAAUGUCGCUCAGAAGGGCUUAGAUCCAAGUCUGGUUCAUCAAGUUCUUCUGAGGUGAGCUCCAACAGUACCCAUGGUAACUCUGGUAAAACACCACCGACUGCAUGUGCCCCAUCAUCAAAGGACCCCCAAUCCCCAUAUUACCACACCUACGAGCCCUACUACCUACAAGGGUACAUGCAGUCCGAGAGGCAGAGCAGCAGCAACGCUGGCUUCCACAAAAGCUCCUCCCACGAGCCCAAAGGGAAAGACAGAAAGGACGACUUGAAAGAGGAUGACAAAACCUUGUCCCAAGAGUUUCCAGAUUCUAAGAAAGGUGACGGUCCACCUCAGUCUCAGCUCCAGCUUGCUAUGAGUCAGACUCAGACAGCGCUGGCCCAGUCUCUGUACUACGGUCAGUACUCCAGAGGACUCUACAUGGACCAGAAACUCUUACUGGGUUCUAAAUGCUGUGACCAGACCCCCAGUGCCAAGCAAAGGGGACAGGGGGUAAGAGACAGUGAAGAUGUUAAACACAUGGUUGGGUGUUCAACUGGUGGUCCCAUUCUGGGUAAAGGUCUGGACGGUGCUAAAGGCUGUUGCCCCAAACCUGUCCUGUCCUACGUGGAGAUGAGUGAGAGAGGGGAAAGGGGACAGAGUCUGGCCGUAAAGGGGGUGCAUGGUGGUGGCAUGGUGGAGCAACACCAGCACUCGAUGAAAGACUGCGAUGACAUCAAGUCACCCUCCUCUUCCUCAUCUUCUUCACUCCACAACCCAAACAGUCAGACAGAUUUGGACUCAAAUGUUUCCUUUUCCAGUCCCUCAGACGGCCCUGCCUGGGCUCACCGCCUCGCUCACAGUAAAUACUCAGAGCUACAGAGGCAACACGAGGAAGAGUCCGAGGAGGGCGAAGCAGACAGUGGGAAAGAGUGGGGAGCUACCAUGGAGCCCGCCGGGACCAAAACGACCUCAGGAGGGAGUGGAGGAGAAAGAGGAGGCUCCACUGCUAAAAAGUCCAGGCUUCACGGGCUGUCUGUGAACCUCCCACCCGGCAUGGAGGCCGAGGAUUCAGACAGGCUGGACGGGCUGGAGGAGCAGGGCCAGGAGCCGAUCGGAGGCCUGUCCGAGGAGUCCCAAAGUGCUCGGGCAGCAGUCUCCCCUCCCAUGACCCCCCAGCAGCCCUACAUCCAGUACCAGCAGUCCUCCUAUCCACCUUACCUAGCCAUGUGUGAAAGCAGCGGGGGCUCCUACAGAGGGGUCUCCCCCACCCUGGUCCACAACUUUCCAGGCUUCCAUUAUCCUCUUUAUGGCAAGACGGCGGGCAGGGAGGAGUCAGAGGUGACUCCGCCCAGCAGAGGAGGAGCAGUGAGCGGCAAGCAGGGCGGCGACUCCACCUCGUCUCCGGCUGUGGAGCUGCUGCAGCAGCCGGGCCAUCAGUACCAUGGCAAAGCGUCCGCUCCUGGUGAAAAAGCUUCUCCGGAUGGCGAGAGAGACACGGAGCGAGAGAGGAACCACGUGUCGUUCGCCCGGCACCUCCACACACACCACCACACACACCUGGGUAUGAGCUACAACCUGAUGUCUGGCCAGUACGACAUCUUCCAAGGUCUGAGCUCCAGGUCCCUUGUCUCCAGUCAGCAGGUUUCAGGACACCCCUCAACCGACAGCGAAGGGAAGAAGUAGAACCAUGUGGCCACGGCUCACAUGAAGAAAGGCAGAUUUAUCAGACAUCAAUUCCAUGGUGUUGAAUAAGCAUUGCCUCGGUGAGAGGCAGAGAACAAAUGAAGAAACUUAAAAAAAAAAAAAAAA